AUGUCUUCCAAACGCGGCGACGGAACCCACGAAGGGGCAAAAACGCAUCCAGACAGCACACUCACAACCGACGUUCGGCAGCAGACAGCAGCGGUUCUACGAAACAUUCAUCUGGUUCUUAAGGUUGUUACAAGUGGUAGAGGUGGAGUCUCUAACGUCAUCGACAGUACUGCCUUCAUAACCGAUCUCGAGGCUAGCUUUACUGGUAUGAACGAAGAACGGAACAAACUUUCGCCAGAUCCAAAAAGGACGACUUCCCACUACGCAUCCUCACACAACUCACUAGUCUUUGGGGAUAUUCGUUUGGCAUAUGAUUUCAAGUUUGAUUCUAAAGCGGACGCCGAUAGCCAAAUGACAUAA